AGUACGAUACCCACCAGUGCCAAACAUUGAGAUAAGAUGCGCUGAAGAUUCGCCCACUGUUCGUCCUCUUUGGUGGUCUGUCCAGUCCUCUCCUCGUCAUAAUUUAGAGCAAGUACAACCAUGCUGAACAGAUUGGCUUUGGCUAACUGCUAUAGCGAGCUUAGCUCACCACAAGCAAUUCAGCAGAGCUAGCUAGAAUAAUCCACUCAAGAUGUUUAGAGCAGUGGCGCACCAUCUUCCUCUGAGGGGUAAGAUGAGCCCUGCCGCGGCGUCGAUCUCGUCGGGCGUCGGCCUCGCUCGCUUCUCCACGGCCCUGAGUUCCCAGAGGCUGGCCGGGAAGGUGGCCAUCAUCACCGGCGCCGCCAGCGGCAUGGGCAAGGCGACCGCCGCGGAGUUCGUCAGGAACGGCGCCAAGGUCAUCCUCACCGACAUCCAGGACGACCUCGGCCGCGCAGUCGCCGCCGAUCUCGGCCCCGACGCCUCCUACGCCCGCUGCGACGUGACGGACGAGGCGCAGAUCGCCGCGGCCGUCGACCUCGCGGUGGCGCGCCACGGCCGGCUCGACGUCCUGCACAACCACGCCGGGGUCGCGGGGAGGAUGACCAUGGACUCCGUCGCGUCCCUCGACCUCGCCGACUUCGACCGCACCAUGGCAGCCAACGCGCGGUCCGCCGUGGCCGGGAUCAAGCACGCGGCGCGCGUGAUGGUGCCGCGCCGGAGCGGGUGCAUCAUCUGCACGGCGAGCACGGCGGGGGUGCUCGGCGGCGUGAACCCCGCGUACUGCAUCUCCAAGGCCGCCGUGAUCGGCGCCGUGCGGGCGCUGGCCGGGGAGCUGGGGAGGCAGGGCGUGCGCGUGAAUGCCAUCUCGCCGCAUGGCAUCGCGACGCCGUUCGGGCUGCGCGGGCUGGCGGAGCUGCUCCCGGAGGCGAGCGAGGAGGAGCUGAGGCGACUGGUGGAGUCGGGCAUGAACGAGAUGGGCGGUAUGGUGCUGGAGGUGGAGGACAUCGCGCGGGCGGCCGUGUACCUGGCGUCCGAGGAGGCCAGGUAUGUCAACGGGCACAACCUCGUCGUCGACGGUGGUUUUACAGCGGGGAAGCUGAUUCACACGCCGGAUCCGGUGAGGAGUGAGUGACAGGCAUGGCAUGACAUGACAGUGAUAGAGAUGAGGACAACAUCCAAACAAGCAUACUGAGCUACCCAUCUUCCACAGCAUGAGCAAUAAAGGAAAAAAAAUAAUGGAUUCAACCGACUGA